AUGAACUACGGCGAUUUUUUGCUCUCCUACUACAAGGGAUUUCUUUACAAAAUUGUCGGCCAAAUUGAGUUAAAUCCACCUGAUCAAUUCCGAAUGGCGAUGAUCAACGCUUUUCUAAAGUUCAUCUCAUUGAGAGAUUUCCUCAUUCUCUACACUCCGUCAGCCGUUUGUCUCCUCGCUUUCGUCUGUUUUCCUCUUUACCCAAAAAAGGUAAUCUACCUCUCAAGACGCGCCUUCGUCUAUAAAAAGCGUCGAAAUCAUAUCUCACCAACUUACAACGAAGAAACGCCAGAUACAAGUGCUUCAAACCCUGCACAGAAACAAUCGAUAGCUGCU